AUGGCUAACAGUAAAUUGCUUGUUCUUCCUCUUCUCAUUUUAUAUGGGAUAAUUGCUGCAAGUGUAAGAGCAGAAGCUUGCCCUCUUUACUGCUUGGAUGUAGAGUAUAUGACAUGCGAGUCUUCAGGAGAGGAGAAACUUAGCCCAAGAUGCAACUGCUGCUUAGCUCCGAAGAAUUGCACUCUUCACCUUUCAGAUGGAACUUCAAUCUUUUGUAAGCCGAACUGAAAAGCAGAGGCUUCUUGUUUGCUAAAGCAAUUAAUACCCUCUCCCUAUAUAAAAAGAAUUCUUCUAUGCUGGAAAAGUAAACCAAGCUCAUUUUAUUCUGACUUACCUCCACUCCACCGAGUCUAUUGUGAAAUGUAGGAAGGCAAAGAAUAAUAAUAAUUUGAUGGAUUUAUUUGUGUUUACUGAUAGAUAACUUAAUAAUUAUGCAAGUGAUCUACAUGUAUAUCUCCAAGGAGCUGUGGUAAUUAGGUGUGCAAGUCAUAUGUAAUUUGAGGAGAUAUGAUUAUAUACUGGGAGAUUAUCUCUCCUACUAUCACUCCACCCAUCUCUCUCCCAACAACCAUAAUUUUAGGCAUAUAAGCCCACUCUUCCAUGAGAAAGGGUUAAUGUCAUUUUUUCAAAUGAGGUGGUCUGUAACAAUUUUUUUUAGUAGUUUUUGGUAUUUUGAUCGGUGUAAAUGCUAUUUUUAUAGUGUUUUACAAAAAUAACUAAUAAUUAUAAAUGCCAACGGCCGUUUAGCCCA